AUGUUAAGAGAUGUGUUAUUCUCUUACGUGAGAUGGUUUUCGCAAUUGACUAUACGUGUAUCGCUGGAUGGUGCAGAACGGAUGCUGUCACAUGGGGCAGAUUUGGGUGCGGAUGCCUUUUAUCGAGAGCCUCCUGUGAAUGACAAUGGCGUCUUGCCUCCUCUUCUGCAGAUUAGUGAGAACAAGACCAUCGACAUGAGGGCUCCUGAGGCGACGGUGGAAGACUCCCAGGCGGUAGCCAAAGGCAAAGAGUUAAACAGAGGGCUGGGGUUGGCCAAAGGCGGGGAGUUGGCCGCCAAGGAGAGCAAGGGUGAAGAGGAGCGCCGUUGUUGCGAGGAUUGCGGCCGCGUGUGCGGUCCGGUCUGUGUGCAAUGUAGUGGCGGUAUGGAUAGUGCGUGUGUGCAGGGAGCAGUGAAGUUGUUGCAGAAGGAGCUGUGCCAGGUGCAGAGUCGGUUGGCGGCAGUGCGGCCGCACAUUGACCGGGGUUGUCUGCAGUCGGUGGAGGGCAUGACGAACUCGGUUCUGAACAUUUUGCGUCGCGAGGCCGCUUCCGGAGAGGUUGGUGUGUUGAACGUGCUGCCCAAGGUGUUGGAGGUGAUGGAUAGUGAGCACUUGGCGUUCGAGUCUUUUGUGCGGCAGCGCGACCAGAUUUUCCAGUUGGUGACGGGGCCGCGUUUUUCGAGUGCGAACCACCGAGGGUCGCGAAGCCUGACGAUUUCGCCGGAUGCCUUUCCGUUGGAGAGCCAGGGGAAACUGUGGCAGGUGAUUGCGGGGCUGGACGCACCGGCGGACCUCAAGUACGUGGCCUACGCGACAGAUGACGGCGGCUGGAUGGAUCUAGUUCCGUGGUGGAAGCGGUCGCCCUUGUCGUUGCGCUGGGCAAGUCUAGUCUUUGCGGACCAGCGUUGGCUCGCCUAUGCCGAGCUAUACGCCCGCGCGCCGGUCGAUCUACGCUGGCUCGCCAUCCACUUCAACGACCCACGCUGGUUACACUUUUGUUCGCGCUGGAAAUUCAUUCUGCCCGAGCAAAAACGCCGAGCCGUCGAGUGCCGCGACUACACCUUUCUCCGCGGGGGCUCCAGCGUGCAGAGUGCGGCCAACCGCACCAUGGGCCUCGGCUGCAGCUCGGGCCUGUGCCAGGCCGGAGUGAGCAAGUUCGGCGCAUGCCCGGCGGCCGGAGCAUGUCCGCCGGGAGCGUGUCCGUCGGGAGCGUGUCCAUCGGGAGUGUGCCAACGUAGUGUGAACAAUGGAGGUGGCGGCCCCGGCGGUGGCGCUGGCCCCGGUGGGUUGGCGUCAAAAACGGUUGCGGGGGAGAUGGCCGGUGAGCAGCGUGUGCGCGACUGCAACAGCCUGGGUGGCUGUAUGGGGGACGUGGCUGGGGAGACGUACGUGGGUUCUCGGUUUGAGUUGUGGGAUUGCCCGCGGCCGGUGGAGGACUAUUACUUGAUUCCAGUAGAAUUGCGCCGGGGUUACCAGACUCGGUUAUGUAACCGUUGCGUGCAGUGCCCGAUUCACUGUUCCACGAUCUCGACCGUGCGCCUGGACCUGAUUGAGUUCAAUCAGCUGAAGGAUUGCAUGGAGUCCAUGUUUCGCGAGUUGUUGGCCCAGGUCCAGGCGCAGCAGCAAUCACACGACAGCAUCGUUGACGAGUUCAAGACGAAGCUGCGGCAGAGUGAAACUGAGGCGGACCGUUACAAGAAAGAAGUGCGGCAGCUGAACGGACAACACGAGACACUGGUGCAGCAGAGCCAGUUGGCCCAAGAGCAGUUGACCGCGCAGCUUGCAAUCUGCAAGCAGAACUACUUGGAGCUCGAAGCUAUCCUUGCCCAGGAACGAGAAGCCUGGGCACGGCGGCAGCAGGACUGGGAGUCAGACCGGAUCAGGCUAAUGGAGCUCUGGAAAGAGGCUUCGCUCAACGGCCCCGCGCUCGCCUCCCCGGGACCCCAGGCGAAACCAACGCCAGAAAUGAAGUCAGCGCCAGCGAAGGAGCCGGCGGCAGCGAAAAAAAGCGAUCCCCAGAAGGCGAAGCCCGCCCCCGCCAAGCCCGCUCCUGCCAAGUCCACUGCGACCAAGGCAGAACCGAAGAAGGAGCCCGGGCCGGCCAAGGCAGCACCAGUCAAGGCAGCACUUGUGAAGGCAGAACCGAAGAAGGAUCCCAAGCCGGCCAAGGCAGCACCAGUCAAGGCAGAACCGAAGAAGGAGUCUGGGGGGGCGAAGGCAGAUCCGAAGAAGGAGUCUGGGGCGGCGAAGGCAGCGCCACCGAAGUCAGCACCAACCAAGGCAGCACCAACCAAGGCAGCACCAACGAAGUCGGCGCCGACGAAGGCGGCACCAACGAAGGCAGCACCAACCAAGGUGGCGAAGGAAGAAGCAAUUAAGUCAAUACCAACGAAGGCAGAAGCAACCAAGUCAGCACAAACGAAGGCAGGAGCAACGAAGUCCCCCUUGAGUUCAGCGCCUGUGGCGAAAGCUCCGCCCGAGAAGGUGACGGCCAAGACGGCAGAGCCCCGGGCGAAGGAAACAAAGGCAGUGUCCCCGAAGCCUAAGUCGGAGCCGGGGAGCGCAAAGCCUAAGCAGGCAGCCGCAGAACAACCGAAACCCGCUGAGGCAGCCAAGCCGGCCCCGACAGCCAAGCAAGCCCCGACAGCCAAGCAAGCUCCCACAACCAAGCAAGCUCCCACAGCCAAGCAAGCCUCCACAGCCAAGCAAGCUCCCACAGCCAAGCAAGCUCCCACAGCCAAGCAGGCCCCCACAGCCAAGCAAGCCUCCACAGCCAAGCAAGCUCCCACAACCAAGCAAGGCGCCACAGCCAAGCAAGGCCCGACAGCCAAGCAAGGCCCGACAGCCAAGCCAGCGGAAACGGAGGCGGCACCAAAGAGAGGAUCCGCUGUGGCGAAGGCCCAGUCCUCGUCGGACCAGAAGACCAAGACGCCAGGCAGCGAACCUGGAGCAACUAAAUCGGAACCGGCAAAGUCGAAUAUGAAACAGCCGGCUGCCAAGGCUCCUCCUCCCGCGGCUACCAAGGAUUCCCACCUGGCAGCUGCGAAGCCUUCACAUCCCGCAGGUGCUAAGGCUUCCCACGCUUCCCACCCCGUAGCUGCGAAGGCUUCUAACCCCACAGCUACCAAAGCUUCCCCUCCCGCAGCAGCCAAGGCCCAUCCGCCAGCGAGCAAUAAGCCGGUCGUAACUUUGAAGGCUCCUCCCGAGCACGUGGCGACGCCGUUGAACAGGGGAGUGCUUGUGUCGGAUUUGCAGACCGUCGCGCGUGCUGCAAAGGCCACGACAUACUACGAAGAGCUGUCAGAAGGCACCACGCACAUCCACGACAUUGUCAGGGAUAUUCUACAGAAAAAGGUCGCCACUUCAUACUCGUUGGUCAAGUCGAUCGCCUACCGCUCAUUCAACAAGUUCGAGCGAGCCAGCCUCAACAGAACGUACCUAGACGACGCCAUCUCGCACCUCGCCGAAACCAAGCAACCGUCCAACAUCAACAAAGCUGUGGUGGCCGCCAAACUGCCCUCGUCCAACACUAAGAACACCACGACAUACAAGGAAUUCAAAGUCGAGCACAACGAAGAAACCAUCACCGUCGGUGCACUACCGACGUGUCCCACCAAAAUGCUAGCCAUCCCGCUCCUGUGCGUUGACGCCAAGAACAUACCUGCGCCUCAGUACUUCGACUCCAAAGGCGAAGAGCUCUACAAAAACUUGCCGCCAGACAGCUGGGGACCGACCAUCUUAGAAACCAUCGCCCAAGACAUCAGAUAUAUAGCCUUCGGCUCCACCCUCUUCAAACUCUCCUUCACCCGCGACAAGGAGCGAGCAGACUUCGACCAACUCUACUACCUCUCUGGCAAACAACAGUAA